AUGUCCAGAAGGACGAUUCGUUUCCGGAGCCAGAACUCCAUCGACGAUGGCAAAUUUCAUGUCGGUCACUUUUUUCGUUUAUUUUAUGAAAUGUUUUUGAAAUUCAGUUACACGGGAGCAGCGUUUCCGUGGACAAUAGCGCCAAGGAAAUCAUCCAAAAGAUCAAUUUUUUGGAAGAAGAGGUGGUUUUUUAAAAAUUUCGUUCUUGUAUCUUUCCAGUUUGAAAAAAAAAAUCAGGGAAUUGAAAAGGUUAUCAAAAAUUUAAAGAUCAGGAUUUUGUAGGGCUUUUUUUCAUUUAUUUCGCAACUUGAAGCCUGUUCAUGAUGAAGUACGCUUCUCAUGGUGAAAAAGCAUUUGGAGGCUUCAAAACGACAAAAAUCAAUUUUUCGACUUGUGGAGUUGAACCUGUUAGCUCAAAGACUAAACUUAAACAAAUUUCAAAAUAUUCCCUGACAAUCCUUUUUAAACCCCCCCACCCCCCCUAAUGUCCUUCAAGACGUAAUGUUUCCUCCUCUGAACGUCCCAAAACCUUCAGGAGAAGCUCUUCUUGACCUAUGACGUCAUCGAGCCGAACCCACGGUUUUCCACCGUCGGCGGCACGAUUUACUCGUUCAUCAACCAGACCCUCGAGCCUAUCCUGCACUGUGAACUGAACCAAAUCAAAGACCAACGUCUGAUCGACCUCAUCAUUUUCGCCUUCUUCAAACGGUUGGGAGGAUUUUUUGAUUGCGAGGAAAUGUCUUCAGAAAAGAUGUGAUCCCAAGAUGGAACGAGUGCGAACAUCCGAUGUUUGCCGGCUUACUUGUGGUAAGGGGAUAAUCUUAGGAACUCCAUAAUGGUCCCUAUAGGGGCGACCUUAGGGGCCCCUGGAGGCUCUAUUCUAGGGGCGACUUUACAACCCUAUAAUGACCACGAAAGCUUGCAAAAAUUGUCCCUACAGGGGUGACCUUAGGGGCCCUUGGAGGGUCUAUUCUAGGGACUACUUCACCAACCCUAUAGGGUCCACUUAAGCUUGCAAAAGUGGUCCCUAUAGGGACAUGCUAGUCGAUAAUUUACAUGAACUCUAUGCGAAGAAGCAUUUCCAUGCAAAAACUGAAAAAUAACCUUUUUUGAAUAAAAAUAAACGACUUCUAUAGGGACCACUCAAGCUUUGGGGACUAAGGGACCAGACUCUAAACCCCUAUAGGGACCUCUUUUUUGGUUCCUAGAGAGGCUGUUUUCCCCCUAACCCCUAUAGGGGCCGCUCUGGAAUUCAUAAGAUAGGACUUUCGAUAAAAUUCUGAUUUCGAAUGAAAAAAAUGCUAUUUUUUUAAAUGAUAGAUAAAGCUGGUCUCCGUAUCUCCGUAAUCACGAAAAAUUACUUUGACCCAAAUUUUUGAGAAGUUUGAUUAUUACUUGUUCAAUUUUUAGUGCUCUCUUCUUUUUUCUCGACAUUUUUUGACCCCAGAUUCAAAAUCAGCGUGAAAAACUGCAUCUACCAAACCUAGCCUUAAUCAAAAUCCCAAUUUUGAGCUCACAUCAUUCCCAACUUGGUAUAAAUCAGUUUAUCAGGUCUACAUCAGCAACAAGAUGCGGAAAAUGUUCCUAAAUCAACACGAGCCGAUCCUGGCCGAAGCCUACGAAGCCAUGCAAAAGUCAGAAAUCAAAACUUGUUUUUCAAACUAUUUAUUAUAAUUUCAAGCCGGUUCGACGACGAAUGCACGGCCCUGCUGGAUCAGUGUUUCCAUACUUCGGAAAAAGACGCGAGAUCUGCUCUUGAUGUCAAUUAUCACAUUUUCAUACAUCAUGAUGGAAGUUCAGCCGCAAAUCUUGAUAUUGAACUGAUGUCUUUGGCGUCGGAGGGAAAAGCUAAGGUUCGCGAUUUUUUUCAAUUUUUUAAUGAGUCUGAUACAAAAAAUGUGAGAUAUAACACUUAUUUCUCUGACCGGAGGCCUUGGGAGAUAUUUUGAAGGUUCACCCGACUUUAAACGGCUUGCGCAUUGGCACCAAAAGGCAUUAGAGCGAACCAAAUAACAUUUAUUUCUAAUAAACUUCAUUUAAAAAUAUGAACCGUAAACAUAUAUAUCUCUGGUUGGGAGCCUUUGGAAGUUUUAAAAAGCUGCACCCGUCCUUAAACGACUUACGCGCAAUAGCAUCAAAAGGCGUUGGAUCAAGAAAAUCAAGUUUAUAGCUAAUGAGCUUUGAUCAAAAAGCAUGAAGCAUACACCCGUUUUAAACUUAUACUUUUGUUUGAAGCCUUUGGAAGCAUUUGAAAGCUGCAUCCGACUCAAAACGACUUGCGCGCAAUAGCAUCAGAACACGUUUGAGCGAUCCAACCAAGUUUAUAGUUAAUAACCUUGAUUUAAAAAUAUGAGGCCCGGUAUAUACUUAUUUCUCUAACUGAAAGCCUUCGAAUGCAUAUGAGAAGGUUUCGUCCGACUCAAAACGGCUUACGCGCAAUGUCAGCCGAAGGCUUUGAAUCGAGACGGCAUCAUGAGUCAUUGAAGCGAGCCAAUCAAGUUUAUAGCUAAUAGCCUUGAUUCAAAAGUAUGAGACCCGGCUUAUUUCUCUAACAAGAAGCCUUUGGACGGACCCAAAAAGGCUUCGCCCGACUAAAAACGGCUUGCGCGCGACGGCAUCAAAAGUCAUUGAAGCGAGCCGAACUUUUUUGUUUAGCCCAAUCUUUCCCUCAUUUUUCAAAAGUUGACGACUUUCCGAUUUUCAAAACGACCUCCUUGCAUACAUCAAUGUUGGAUUUUAUCUAAUAUUAUUCCAAAAAGAUCCGAAUUUUCAGAAUUUCCUGGCCCACCCUGCCUGCCAACGGGAAAUUGAGCGCCGCUGGCAGCCUGGCUUCAAAAUUGGACAGGUAAAACUUGAUUAACUGAAAUAACUAACCUUUCAGUUCGUCUUUUGUCUAUUUUUCUUCUUCCCACCGUUAUUUUUCCUACGCGGCCGGAAGCGGAUGAAACGUCGGGAGGUGAAAUCGUUAAGAGUUCGCGUCAAAAGUCCUGUUUCCUAUUUGACGUUGGCUUUUCUUUGUUUUUUUUAUAUUUUCAGCUUGUUUUCAGGAAUUUUUGGCUUCGUAUUUUCAGCUUCUACACGUCACCCAAUGCAAAAUAUGUCAUACACACGGUCGGUUUUUGAAAAUUUCGUAAAAAGUUUUGUGGACAAAAAGUAGGGAUUUUAGUGAAAAUUCAUUAUUAGCAAAUCUGGGAAAAAUUUUAGUGGCCACUAUAGUAGUCAAAUCAGUGGCCACUUAAGAGGUUAAAAAUUAGUGGCCACUAUUGAGGUCUGAGUGCUACUACUAGAUCACUAGUGGUCACUUUAGGGGUCAAUGGAUCAACAUAACUGGUCCAAUCUGUUUGUUUUAAAGUUAUCAGAGUUACUGGAAGGAAUAGUGGAUGAAAAACUACUGAAGUAGCCACUAUGUAGAGAACCCCUAUAGCGGCCACUAAAACAGAAAAAUAGUGGCCAGUACAGAGGUGGGUUUAGUGCCCACUUUAGUGUUCUCACAAAGUAGUCCGUAAAAAUUUUCCCAAAAUUUAAGAGAAUUAUUUUAAGAGUAAUUUAGUACAAAUGGAUUAGUUCAAUUUGAAUUUAAAGGUCUCCCGAAUCCUCUACGUGGUUUUCUACGCCUACGUCCUGAUGACGAUGCGUCGAAAAACGAUGAUUCUGAACGAAUUGGAAGAAUUUUGGGACGAAAUCAUCAUAAUCACCUGGCACUGUGCCUACCUUAUCGAAAUGGCCGUCAUGUCCUACCAAAGGGUUUCCUAAGAUAUAGACUAUAUAUCAUAUAGUAAUAUUCGAGUUCUGACGCUUUCAGGGAUUCCUAGCCUGGUCGCAAAGUCACACGGCCGACUUCUACCGUAACCUUCUUAUAUUAAUUACUGUAUUUUCCUGGUGCAUCGCCGUCAUUGUCCCUCCACAGAGGUAGUUCUAAUGCCACCGCGCGCAAGUCGUUUUGGGUCGGGCGCGCCGAGAAAAUUGCAAAAUUUUAUAGUCCGUCCGCCGCAACUUGACAGUUUUUGCAUGACUGCGUCUCUCAUUCUCUCACCGGCUAGGUCAGAGAAACAUAAAAAUAGCACGUAAACAUAAGAGAGACGUCGAGAGAUGAGGAGGGCGUAGAGAAGUCCCGCCCUUUCAAGUCGCGAAAAACGGACCAUUGGAAAAUGGGUAAAUUCCUGAUUUAAAAGUUGUUUCAAAAAACGCAAAAAUGAAAUAACCGCCACGGGGAUCGAACCAGCGACCUCUCAAGCUAACUUCGGACACAGACCGGCCCGAGCUUUCGCCAUCGUCAUCGCCGACCUUUUUUUCUACUUCUCAUUCGUUUUUGCAACGAUUCGACUCAUGAAAGUGGCAAAUGUGGAUGCUUUCUUUGGAUCGAUCGUUCUAAUGAUUAAAAAAAUGGUUUGAUGAUUUCAUCUCAACAUAAUAUUUAUGUUUUCAGAUGCCGAUAAUGCUGAAAUUCCUUGUAGUGUUCUUGGUCUUCUGGUUCACCUAUGCAGUCUGUCACAUCAGCCUUGCUGGUUGGUUUAGAAUAAAUGAGAAUUAUCCAUGGAGCGCUCUUACUUUGGCUCAAACUAAACUUCCUUUUAGGGCACCUAAAAAGCACCCCGAACAUUACCGACGUCGUUUUCCCUUGGCUACUUUUUAGCAGUGGCGCUUUCGAGAUUUUCGGAGAAGCUGACGAUGAGGACAAGUUGGGUGAGGCUCCUUCUAGGUUCUUUAAUAAUCAGAAGUUACAGGACAAGUCCGGAAAUGUUCCUCAGCUCCCCUAAACUGGGACAACCUUACGGAUUCCACAAUACAAUGCUGGUUCAAAGUUAGUCAAAGAUCAAGAAAAACAAUAUUUUCUAAUUUUAAGUCCAGCAUGAUUCCAAUCUUUCUAUUCUUCUACAUGUUGGUCUCCAGUGUCCUUCUUGUCAACCUUGUGACCGCCCUUUUAUCGUUAGUUUUCAUACUUUUCGUCUGACUUGUCUGCACCCUCUCUUCUCUCAUCUAGAUGCUCGAAGAGGGUGCAGAGAUGUCAGACUUUUUUCAAGUUAUGGCUAAUUAACUAAACUUGAAUAAUAAUUUUAGAAAGAAAUACGAAGACAUCGACAAGGUCUCGCAUGUCUACUGGAAGUACAAAUUGUAUAGUCGACUGAUUGAGUAAGUUUCUCGAAAGAUAAGUGAUCACUGUAGGGGCCUCAUCUCAAAAACCCUCCAGGGACCACUUCACUUCAAUGACUAAUAAAACUACAGAUACGAGGAGAAGAUUUGGAUUCCGGCUCCCCUUUCUUUGAUCUUCUACGUCCUGAAGACCUUCUGUUUCUUCCCAUCGAAAAUUCCGUAUCUAGGAGUCCCUUUCCGACAUUUAUUGAAAUGCUUCCGAGUUUUUGAAGGUCUAUCCUUUAAAAAUCACCUAAAUUAAAUUUUCAAUUUUAGGCAGAAGCUACUCAAAAGAAAGGUUGAAAUCAAGGAAGCCUGGAAAUUUGGAUGCUCAAUCCUUUUUGGAAACCGACAAGGAGGCCGUGGUCUUUGUCAGGAAACAAAUGGACAUUCUGGUGAGUUUUUUUCAGACUUGAUAGCUUUCCUGAAGUGUAAGCGCGCAAGUAGUUUUGGGUCGGGCGCAAGCCAAGCCUUCGAUUCAGACUGAAAUUUUCAGGCGGCCACCAAGCAAGCCCACAUUUUGGAGACCGAAACGAUCAAAAAACGGUUCGAAGCGAUUAUGAGGGAAUUUGAGCGCUCUUCGAACUUUCGACGGAUUCGAUCUCAAACUGGACAUUUUUAG